CAAGUGCGAUGUUUCGGGAUUAGUUGUGAGUGAAGUGUUUCUCAACAGAAAAGAAAGAGGACACAUGCAUCCGCCUCCUACUACCUCGCCGAAGCAUCCUCAAAAGAAGCACCACAUUGCUUCUCACAAUUCUCAAGAGCAGCCAGCCUACAAUCACUGCAACUACUAGCUACAGUACGGUACUUACCACCACCAGUCUACAAUGUUUCAAGAAUCUGCCAACCUGAGCUGGAAUGACUUCCACCACCACACCCGAGGAAGUUAUGUGGCGGGCAACUUUGACGAUGACGAGUCCAUUUCAUCCUCCAGUAUGCACGCGUCGUCCUCGUCCUCCAUGUCGUCCAAUCGGGGGAGAUCCGCGCUUCGCAAAAUUGAAUCCGACGGUAGUAUGCGAGAUGGUGGCAUGCGUUCCUUGUCAUCCUCCAGCAGCAGACGGUCCUUGUCGUCGUCCACCAGAGGAGACAGAACCCGAAGGCACAAAUCCUUGAAGGAAUCCCUGCUAGUGCCAGGAGGCAGCAGCAGCAGCAGCGGCGGCGGCAUUAUGGGCGGUGUCAAGCAAUAUCUAGACAUGCAGAGACAACCAUCCACCAAGAAAAAGAGUGCUGGACCAACCAUGGGCCGAAUCAACAAGUCAGGAAAGUUUGUUCCUUCCAAGAGACUCAAGUAAAAUGGCGGAUUGUAGCUACAGUGGCUGGGGAGUGGCUGCUUUGGAAGCAAGCACUCGGCCAGUCACUGCAAACUACUACGGCAUUAUUCACUGCAGGCAGGUCUCUUUUUACCACAGAACGGAAGCCUUACAAACUAUCAACAACUGACAACCAAUCUUGUCAAGCACAAGAAGAAGAAAACGAAUUCAAUAGUAUGCAUAAGAAUAAAUGAAAUAGAUCAUACAUAUACGCU